AGGAGUAGGAGGAGUUGGAGGAGGAGGAGGAGGAGGGACUCUGAGGGACUCUGAUGACGCCGCCCUGUCUGAGGGCGCUGCCGCGCAGGGCAGCCCGCGCGCCAGCCCUGGGGGGGGGAAUACAGCCUGCCUAGGAUGGAGAGAGCGCACGGGCCAGCGGCCUCCGCAGAGGCCCAAAACGCCCCGACGGGCCGAAGGCACCCCGCCGCGGGCCCCCAAUGGGGCCCGAGCGGAGGCCAAGAAAACCGAAGAACUGAGGGCCGCGCAUUCGGGGCCCCCGACGGGGCCCCGACAGCACGGGGAUGCAGACCAUACCCCCCCCCCCAGGGUGCCAGGAAGGAGUCCUCCUGCUCCGCCUAGGAGGAGGAGGAUAGGAACAGCUGCGCCUUGACCCGCCAUUCCUCUAAGUCGUGCUGCGCGGCGCUCUCCAUCAGCCGCAUGCCGCUUGCCACCAGCGCCAGCCACUCCCGAAAAUCAUGAGUGUGCUCGUCACUGCCUCCCAGCGCCGACGCCGUUACGACAAGGCUGUCGAUGCUGGUGCCAGAGCUUCCGUGCUCCACCGUCUCGUAUACGUCACCGUGAUGAUCCAGCUCACCUGCGGGACCACCCAGCUCGCCUACAUGAUGACCCAGCUCACCUACGCGAUGACCCAGCUCACCCCCGAGAUGACCCAGCUCACCUGCACGAUGAUCCAGCUCCCCUGCGCGAUGACCCAGCUCACCUCCAUGAUGACCCAGCUCGCCACCACGCUUAACCUCCUGCCCCGCCGUCGCCGUCAAAUUGCCCGAGAGCUGCGGGAAAGGCGGGAUGACGGGCAGGCCGACCGUCUCCACUAUGCUGUCGUUGCCCAGGCGCCACUCCGCGUAGCGCUGCGCCCUGGACCUCUCCACUUUCUCGUACAGCUCCGCAUUGGCUUGGAAAACCUCCGCGAGACCUCGAUGAACCAGCUCAACUCCGCCAUGACCCAGCUCACCUACACGAUGACCCAGCUCACCUGUAGGAUGACCCAGCUCGCCACCGCGAUGACCCAGCUCUUCACCGCGAUGACCCAGCUCACCUGCCAGAUGUCCCAGCUCACCUGCCAGAUGUCCCAGCACCCCUCCUUGAUGACCCGGCUCACCUACACGAUGACCCUGCUCGCCACCAAGAUGAUCCAGCUCUCCUCCGCGAUGACCCAGCUCACCUACAAGAUGACCCAGCUCACCAACUCGAUGACCCAGCUCACCUACAGGAUGACCCAGCUCACCACCGCGAUGCCCCAGCUCCAGUGCGCUUUGACCCGCUUCCCGAUGCCAGCGCUGCCAGCUGUCCUCAGCCAUGCAGUCCUCGCCGCCAUCCUCGUCAGCGUCAGAGUCCACCAUCUCGAACCACUGCACGCCACCGCCUAAUCCACAUCCCGCGGCGUGCUGCUGCGGCUCCUCUUUCUCUUCUUGCGCUCCUUCUCCUUCCCCUCCUUCUUCGACUUCUUGCCCUUCUUGUCCUCCUCCGUCUCCGCCAGCUUCUUCUCCUUCUUCUCCUUCUUGUACUUCAUGUCCUCCUGCACCUGGCCGGGCGUCAUCUCGGGCCGGCUGCCCAGCCACUGUGCAGGCGGGACCUUGCAGCGCGACACGUUUCUUCCCGAACGCGAACGAGAGCACUGCGAGCUGCGCGUCGCCUCCGUCAGCUUCGCCCGCAGGGAUGGCCUCUCGGCGGGCCAUUCCCAAUCUCCUGGGGGCGGCUGCAGGGGCUCCUCCUCCUUGGCGUCCUCGAUCGCCAGCUGAGGAGCCCUCGAAGGCCUUGGCCUCUCCGCGGGGGCCGCCUGGGCUGGCGCCAUCGCCAUCACGGCCGCCUCCACACCCGCGCGCACGCCCGCCUGCACCGCCGCCGCGACGAUGCCCUGGUCCCGCGUGCACUGCCAUGGCGCUCGACUGGCUGCAGCCGAAUCGCGCCAUGCCAUGAGCGGCUCGGGUGCGCUGCGCCCCUUUCAAGUGCGCGCACCCAACCCCUCUUGGCCCCAGAGGGGGAAAGGGGCUAGGAGGAGGAGGAGGAGGAGGAGGAGGAGGAGGAGGAGCGGGAGGGCCGAGCACAACAUCGGCCGCGGCGCUGGAGCUGCGGCGCGCGGGGCCGGCGGCGCUGCGAGGCGGCGAGCUGCAGCGGCGCCGCGCUCGAGUGGUCAGCGCUUUUAUAGUCGGCGUUUCGACA